CUUUGCAUCCCUGUAGAACAUCUUCAUGUGUAACAAAGCAGACUCCGUUUGACUCUGCUGCGAGAUUCAACAUCGAAAGACUAAUGUCCAUUCCGACACGGGAGAUGCCAGGAGUCAAGAGACACCACGAUGGGGCGGAGAAGGCGCAGGAGCAAGAUACGAAAACCUCACCUUUCAUGCCCAUGUUUGAGAGCUUCCGCGACGAGUUAGAUGAACACCAUGACAGGCGGGAGCGCAUUAUCAAGGCCUCGAGAGAUAUCACGGCUGCGAGUAAGAAAGUUAUUUUCGCACUGCAAAGAGUACGGUCGUUGAAGAGCUCGAUACCUGCUAAAAUAGCUUCGGAGGUUCAAUCAAAGGCGUCGGCUAUGCAGGAUCAGUUUGCGCUGAUCGCGCCUGACCUGACUGGCAUCAAUGCCUGGCGAUAUCAACGACAGAUCUCUGGCGGCAUCCAAGAAUAUAUGGAGGCGAUAUCAUUCCAGCACUACCUCAUCAACCAGACUCUUAUCACCCCUGAGGAAGCAGCCCAGUCUCUACCAGAAACCAUAACUCUUACUGGAGAUGAUUAUGUCCUCGGUAUUUUCGACCUGGUAGGCGAGUUAAUGAGGUUUGCAAUUACAACUAUGGCUACGACAGGAGCACUCCCAGGAUCAAGGAACGCAGAAGCCACAGUAGAUGAUCGUGACAUCUUGAUUGACUUGAGAUCUUUACGAACGAGCUUUCAGGCCUUAGAUACGACUUCGUGUGGGGCUACUGGGUUGGGCAAGGAUGUGGAGAAGAAGAUGGAGGUUAUGAAGACUUGUGUGGAGAAAGUUGAGACUGCUGUAUAUGGCAUGAUCAUCAGGGGAAGGGAGAGGCCAAAGGGGUGGGUUCCGGAUCUGGCUGAGGACAGGGGAGGCGCUGUUGAGAGUUAUUGAAUUGGUACAAGGUGCGUGGAGGCACAAUUUUUCGGUGAGUCUUGUUGUUGUUGAUAGCUCUAUGGGAUUUGUACACGGUGCGCCGUGACUGCCUUGAUGAGGCUAUUUAUGGUAUGGAUAGACUGGAGUUAGUCCGAGAACAAGCUAUCAUGUUUCGAAUUGCACAUAUCAUUGAGAAAAGCCAGGUUGUAGCUUGAAGAGUGGAACUGUAGGGUAACAAGAAAGAAGCAAGUAGUAACGUUGUGAAUUGUUUAUAUGCCACCAAAUUCUCAUGCCUUGUCUGGCUCCAAAUUCCAAACUUUUGUGAAGGGAAAUAAAUCUGUAGUUAGAUGUCUCAAAAUUCGAAAUUUGAUAUCCACGUG